CGGCUGCUGCGUCAGUUUGCAGCAGGCGCCUGUGGACCAACAUACAUCGCGAACAUGAAGCCGUUCCUGCUGCUGGUCGUGCUAGUGGUUGUGGCCUGCCUCUUCUCGGUCGUCUCGGCCAGCACCAAAUACCGGGCCCUGGCCGGGUCAAGGUCAGCCGGGUCACGCCCCGACGACGACGAGCGGCCAAGUGCUCACCGCUUCGCCUACGCCGUGAAGAGCGGCCCGGCGCGCUUCUCACAGGAGCAAGAAGCCGACGAAGAGGGCGAUGUGGAGGGCACGUAUACGGUGCAGCUGCCGGACGGCCGGCUGCAGACGGUGCGGUACAUGGCCGACGGCGAGGACGGCUACACGGCGGCGGUGACGUUCGAGGGCGAGGCCAAGUUCCCGAAGACGCGCCGUUACCGCGCCGGCGACGACUCUGACUCCGACUCCGACUCCGACUCCGACUCCGACUCCGACUCGGAGGAUGAUUCGGACUCCGACUCGGACGACGAAUCAGACGAGUCGGGCUCGGAGGAUGACGACUCGGACUCGGAGGGAGAAGACUCUGAGGAGGAGGAGGAGGAGGAAGAGGAGGAGGAGGAGGGCGGGGUGGUGGGACGCCUAGCAAAGGCUCCGCGGCCCGGCUACGUUCCCGUGUACGCGUACAGGCCCAUCGUCGCCGGCGGCUCGGGUCGGAAGCUGCGGAAGCGGAAGGGUAGCAACUAGCUCCCGUCAGUGGAACGAGUGCACACAAGAGCCGUGCAGAGAUGCUCCUUCUUAUUUGUAAUCGUGUGCACUAACUGGCGCUAAAAGCGCAUGACACGCUUGCACUCACAGUUGGCUGUAUUUAUUGUGUGCUGGUAUCGUUGUUCUUGUGUUCUAUUGCUGACGUGUGAGCAUCUGUCAUGAAUGAUAUAUAUAUAUAUAUAUAUAUAUAUAUAUAUAUAUAUAUAUAUAUAUAUAUAUAUAUAUAUACUUAUGUGUGUGUAUUUUCCCUGAGAUGCCCGUUUCUUAUUU